AUGUACGAUGAAGUACAUCAUGUGAAGGAUAUCAGCAUGAGCAUGAGUUUGUGUGAUGGGGAAGAAAUCUCAUGCGCUGAAGAAAAUAAUUGCAACGACAUUGAAGUAAAUUCUGAGGAAAGCGGCAUAGAUGAACCAAUUUCUGACAAUGAUAAAUGCAAGGAUAUCUUAAAUAUUAUCAACGUUGCACCUGAGAAAACUGGCUACGUCGUUUGUGAACUAUGCAACGCCAUCAUCAACACCGAUAUGAGCCUGCACAUCGUUCACGAGCACUCCGAAGCGUAUGAGGCCCACCCCAUUCUAACAAAGUGUGCAGAAUCCUUCCCAGAGAUGCUUGACUUUGGUAAUUUCGUAUACAAUUCCGUAUACUCCACGAGUCUCAACGAAAACAUGUUUCGCAUUAUGCAGAACACUUGCGAACAGUUAAAUAACAUCCAAAUGGAUAAGUAUUAUGUGUUUCCUUACGGCAGCUGUGUUUCCUUGGGGUGUUGGGAUGGAAUGUCCGACGGAGAUUUUGCGCUGAUUUCCAAGGCUAGUCUGGAAAAACAGAAGGAAGAAACGAAGAAGACUGUUAUAAGACAAUCAUUGUUGUAUCUCAUGAAAAAACUACGUGGAAUUGGAUUCAAGUUUCAAGAGCUGGAGGGAGUCUUUGGUGCUCGUGUGCCUGUCGUUCGGCGGAAGUGUGCGGUAAACCGACCUUACACGAGAAGCCUCAAUGCUUCAUCUUACAUUAUUGAAUAUCACUUCAAAGACAACAAGGCACACGCACACUUUGUCACGAGGUUUAAUUCAAUAAUCGAGGAUGACUAUCACGGAGUGAAUAUCAAAGAAAAGGAUUCGAGAAAGCUCAAGGAAGUGUACAGAUUCGGAAAAGGAGUUGAUGCGAUAAGAUUGUUCACUCAGAAGGAAGGUAUGGGCGUCUCGAAAUGUUGGAGCCACGAGGGUGAGCGACCAGAAAUUUUUUCGAUCGAUUUUGAUAUCACCUGUAACAUUAAAGGAGUUCGUAACAGCUGGUUCUUGCGUCAGUACUUCGCUCAGAAUUCUCUUUUCCGCAUUGGUGCCCUCUUCCUCAAAAAGUGGAGCAAACAGUGUGGGAUUAACAACUCAAGGAGAGGGUAUCUCACAAGCUACGCUAUCAAUGUGAUGUGGGUGUACUUCCUCCUCCGUUCUGGGCAUGCCGAGUUUGUGGACCCUCUGAAGGUAUCCGAAUUCCCGACCGAGUCUCAAUUGUCUGUAACGUACAUGCCACUCUGGGAGCGCUACGCCGAGGAUGAUCACACGGAAUAUAUCAGCAGACUUGGAAAAUUACUGUUCAGUUUUUUUGAAUUCUAUACGUGGUUCGACUGGGAGCGACACGUGAUAUCUAUCCGCAAGGACUGCAGUGAUGCCAAAAACAUCUCCACCAAGGUGGAUUUCGGGUGGGAGAAAUCCCGGGAUGUGGAUUUGAUCAAGUUAAAAGAUCGCAUUUUCCACGGCAUCUGCAUUGACGACCCGUAUGAGAAGGACCUGAACCUAGGUCGCCACCUUUCUCCUAUGAAGGCGAGCUGGACGGUGAAGCAAAUUCGGGCCGCCUACGGGCUCUGCCAUCAGAUGAGCUUGCAUCCUGGUUCUUUCGGUGGGGGUCUCGGUUACAGCCUCCUUUUGGAUCCGCUUUUAGAGAAGUACGAGGAGGUCCUGCGCGUCGCGAUGUAUCGCCACCUGGUUGGAAGCGCCACGGGUGGGAUGGAUACUGUCGGGAAUCUGCGCAAAGCACUGAAGGCGGCGCAUGGGGAGGCGCUCGCGGGGUACGAGAUGCAUCAUCGACUAAGCGAUUUGUGGUUCGACGUUGACCAGAUGAUCGAGGAUGAAGGAUGCCUGAUCGCAUGCCCUUCCAAAAGACUCUUUGAAUCACCGCGGCAGCAUCCCCUGUCGAAGGCGGCGGAUCCCCAAGGCAACAAAAUCUGGGCUGCAUUCAGUGAAGUUCUCAAAGUGCCUCCAAAGGGCAUUACCGCCAACGAUCGUGUUGUCUUUUUGGCAAAUUCAGAUUUUUAUUACAGCAUAUCGAACACAGACACUCUGUCUUCUGAAAUUAGCAUCAAUAAUCGUGAAGACAACACUGACCAUGAUAAAGCAAAGAAUAAUAGGUCUAAAAAUAAAGUGAAAUCGCGGCCUCAGCUUUCCAUGAGCUCAUGGUCGAAAGAGCUUUCCCGACGUGUUUCACAAGCUAAGGGAAUUUUCCAGAAUGCGUUGGAAAAUCUAAACCCAUGUACGCCGAAAGGAGAGAAAGAUGUACUCGGACUGGAGCUCGUGUACCCAUUUGAUGAUCCACUCGUUCGCCUGCAGUUUUUUUGCGUCGGUACUCGUGCUUUUCCGACAUACCAUGCGCGAAAUCAAAUGCUGGAGCACUUAAAUGCCGUUGCACGCACACUGCAAAAAGAUGAAACACGGACCCAAAUUGAGAGUAUUAUGGAUAAAGAGAUCAUUCCUGUAUCAGAUGCACAAGCGUCAAAGCAGAAUGGUGGGAAAAAGAAUAAUACCACACCUAAACUAGCCUACAAGGAAGGGUAUCGGAAACGCAUGCUAGAAGCAGUAAGCGCACUGAUACAAGCAGAUGCCAAUAAUAAGCUGAAUACCAAGAUGGUUACAAACAUUUUAUCCUCAGGUUAUUAUGUCACACAGCCAGUUGACCCGCAGAGAACGAAAGGAAAGUCUAAUAAAAACGAAUCUUGGUCGGCUACCAAGAACCUUCUGAAUCUGACUGUUAACAAAACAGGAUAA